CAGUUGACCUCUUGCCGAUCCAUCAUCAUCACGAUGUCGUCGGCGCUGGAUUCGAUCGAGGGGCUGCGGACGCAUCUCUCCGAAGAGAACGUAUUGCGUGAGUCCGACAUGUCCGCGUCAUCUACGGAAGAAUCCCCCCGCCACGACCGCCGCCACAAUCAUCAUGAUGUUCCCGUGGCAGCGCCAGACGCACCGCCUGUAGAUUCGAACCCUCGAGUUCGAUUUGCGCAGUCGCAUGCUCCACCGGCCGCGCCAUCUUCAAGUGGGCAUGUGAGUGGAGGUAGCUCCCGUACAAUGAUUGCCAUGCUGCAGCGCUAUGGAUACGACUUGGAAGAUCUGGAUGGCGCGGCAGACACGACGAAUUCGUCGGGGAUUCUCCAUCUCCGCGAACGCAAGAACAACCAAACGGCGUUUCACAUCGCCGUCAAGAAAGGGCACGUCGAUGUACUGAAAGCAUUGAUGAAGCUCCCGCGUGCCGAGGAGUUUGUGAACGUCGGCGACAAGCACGGCAAUACCCCACUGCAUUUUGUCGCGUCCAAGGACAAUUCGACCGCGGCGGCCGCCGAGUUGCAGACGUCGCUCGGGACGAUGCUUCUCUCGAUGGGGGCCAACCUCCACGCGACUAACGUACGCGGCCAGACACCGCUGGAAGUUCACAUCCUGACGGCGAAAGCCGACACGUCCGUCUUUGUGAAGCUCAUCUCGUUUCGUGGCAUGCAGCUCAACAACCUCGUCGGGAACGGCACAACAUACUUGCACAUGGCGAUCGUGGAUCGGUCGUACCCCGAGAUGGCCGGCGCACUCGUGAACGCCGGCGCAUCGAUCAACAUCCCCGACCACAACGGUGUGAUGGUAUCGGACGUGAUUUCGCGGCAGACACUCGUGCGCCUGACCAAGUACAUGCGCGAGGGGACACAAGCGCCGCCCGCAGACGUGCCGCGCCUGUCGUGCAAGCUAUGCAAGAACCCCAAGAGCCUCCUGGACGCGCUGCGAGACUGCCACGUGUGCGGACGCACCAUGUGCCGCAACUGCUCCAAGAAACUCGGCGACAUCAAAGAUCCUGAACAAGCCGCCCGAGAAAAGCUUGACAAAGACGCACUCGCCGUCCGACUGUGCGCCACGUGUUGUACAGUGACCCAACUCCGCGACAGGAAGGCGGCCGAACAAAAGAAGUUUGCCGAGUCCCUCUUUGGCAUGAAUCGGGUCUAGCUCGUCAUGCCACCACUGCAUGGGAUUCCAAGUCGAAAUGGACUACGUCUUUGAGAUGCAUCGUACACGCCAGUGCGAAACAUGGACGCAGAUGCUUGGCCAUCGAUACACCAUGCGCCGUC